AUGGAUCCUACUGCCAGUCCUGCUGCCUCCACCCCUUCGCGACGUUCAUGCUCCGCGUUUGGCGUCCGCUGCCGCGCACUGACGGUCAACCUUAUGGAACUGAUGGACUGCAGAGAUAAGGAAAAAAUGGUCUGGACGGAGGAAGACAUCGGGUGUACGGCAGCGUACGUGGCCUUCGAACCGGAGCGGCUCUGGCAGGCCGCCAGUAUUGACGAUAAAGUGGACAGCACCGAGGCCGACUCCUACUGCGUGUUAGUUGUGUUUGCAGACAGGUCACUCGGGGUGGAUGCGGCGCUCUCGGGGCCCAGCGCGAGUACAAUAUCUGACGGAUCUGUGCUGCAGUUCCUGACAUCAAGGACGGACCUCUUAGAGCACCUUAAGUCUUCUGCACCACUGAAGUCAUCUGUGCACAGCUGUGAGGAGGGUAGAGUUGAGGGGGACGGUGUAGCUGAUGUGAUGUUGUUCACAGAUGUCGAGAUGGAGAAUUUGGACGCUUUCCAUAGACUUUCAGUUGUGUGUGUGCAGCUGGCGAUAGGGGAUGGAAGAAUGACUGUAGAUCCUGCGAAGGCGCAACAGCGUGCCGCACAGAUCAUCGAUACCGCACUGGCGCUCUCUCCAGAUUCUGCGCGUACAACUUUUUGGGUGGAUUUCACAGGUGUCCUGGAUUCCGCUAGAUGUUUGGUGCCACGCGAGCUACGUGAGGCGUGGUGGAGCCUCUCUGUUGUCACGCCGUCGUCUUUAUUCUCCUCCGCAUCUGUGGCCCCUCGUGUGACGGCGCUGGUGCCCGCUGCUGCUGUACCUCAGCUGAAGCUGCGGUAUGAACAGCUGGUGAUGGACGUGGCGGGGGCGAAGACGCAUGGUGAUGGUGGUGGCAAGGACGGAGAUGCGUUUCAGUCGCAGUCGUGCCAAGGGAUGCCACUGCGGAAGCGACGCAGAGCGGACAGGGCGCACAGAGAUGAACUCGAGUCUGCUCGUGCGCCAACUGCUCAUGAGGAGGGGGACGAUGAAGAACCGAUUUGGAAUAGGCACACCAGGAUACUGGUGGACGGUAUGAAUGACGACCGUUUGGCCUCAUCUCAUACUUCGGCAACUACAGACGAGGCGAAAGAGGAGGAUGAAGAUGACGUGCCGAUUUGGAAGAGGUAUGCUGAGACAUUAGUGGGUAAUGCGGGUGACAGGAUUCAUGAGACUUCAUCUGCGUCCGCUGUUGAUUGCGAAGACAAGGUGGAUGAGGACGAGAAUGACGAGCCAAUUUGGAAGAAGUACGUUGAGACGCUUGUGGACGGUACGAACAGUCUGACUCAUAAGUCUUCUUAUAUGAGGACAACUACAGAAGAAGUGGAUGAAGAUGGCGAACCGAUUUGUAAAAGACAGAGUGGGUUAAUGGUAGACGGUACUAAUGACGACAUCCGGAAGUCAUCUCAUUCGUCGAGAACUCUAGACAAAGAGAAAGAAGACGAGGAUGAUGAAGGUGACGUGCCGAUUUGGAAGAGGUAUGUUGAGACAUUAGUGGGCACUGCACAUGAGAGGAAACAUGAUACUUCAUUUGUGUCAAGGUUCCCUGAAGAAGACGUUGAGGAUGACGACAAACCAAUAUGGAAGAAACACAUGAGUGCGUUGAGAGAACGUGUGAAGUCGCCCUUGCGGAAUGCGACUAAAGAAUUUUCUUGCUUGUUUCUCGAAUGUCCAUGCGACUCUGUCUCGUCGUCACUCGGUUGUGAGGCGUCGAUACGAGAGCUGCUCGUGCUAUGGUCAGCGCUCGGCGUUCACCACCUACCGCGCACCAUCGUUGUGGUUGUCGAUAGCGACGAUAAGUUGGAGAGGGUUCUUCGCUCGUGGGUGCAGGUGCCAUGGAGUGAGAAUGCGCUAAUACUCCCUGUGCUUGCUGUGAGCGAUCCUACCAUUCGACGUAACUCCAGUGGUAGUGUAGCGAAGUCAUCAUCAUUGGCACCCGAGGUGCCCGACGACGUGCCGAGCUCUUGUGAGUUUCUUAAGGUCCUCGCUUUUGCUGUUCAGUACAUAGGCAUCGACGUUCAGCGCAGUGCUUGCCUCGCUGUGACUGAGCCAUUCCAGCGAGCGGCCGAACUGCUGCAUUUCCAGGCGGUGGGUGGCUACGAAAGGAUUUUUUCCUGGGCUGGGGAGCAGUCCCACGCCAAUGCUGGUACACCGCGAGGCCCAGUAGAUGUAGAGAGGGAACGUGGCUGUGCCUUUGCCGAUUUGUGCGUCAACAAUGACUUAGCACGCGCUCUGCGUGACCGGCCGCGACGGCCAGAGAUUCUGCUGCGCCGCGUAGGCUCCAUGCGAGUAGGCAUUGUACGCCCUGUUGUGUGCGAUGCCGUCGCGCUCGCCUCCACGGUUAUGACCGAGGCACGCAUGAACCCCUCCUUGAACAGCAUCGUGUCUCUCUCACCCCAGCAGCGCUCAUGGGUGUAUCGCUACAUGAUGUCCUUCUUUACAAAGGCCGUCUUCUGCGUUUCUGUUGAUGUUGUGCGGUCAUGUAACGCGGAUUACUUCUCAAGCUAUCAUUUCUCAACGGUUGGGUACCUACGGUACGAGUUGACGAGCUGGGUGCGGCGCCAUGUGCUGGUUGAUCUGCACGUUGAUCUGCAGCCGAUUUUGAAGGAAUCGUCGGUGAGGGCGGCAGGUGUGAAUAUACCUCACUGGUCUCGUGUGUUUCGGCGCCUAUCAUGCACAUGUACGCCGCGACGCCACGAAAAACUCCUCCGAACAGAAACGGGAGAGAAAAAAUGCCGUCACUUGGCACAACUGUUGUACUGGUUUCUAAGAAAGUGCGGUUCUGACUCCACCCCACUCCCGCCAAGAUUGGCGUCAGUCAAGGCUCCACGCCAAGGGCGCCGCUGCUUUUACCCGUUGUCGGCGCGAUCAGCAAACGUGGAUGGGCUGAGCGCAGUGGUGGGAAGCCAGGCGAGGCAUUCUUCGCGGAGCAUCGCUGGCAUCACGAAUGGUGGGGCUGACACCCAACCAAAGGGGGGCGAGACCAAAAGUGAUGGGCUAGGUUUUAGCAAUGAGGUGGAGGUGCUGGACUUUGCCCGUUUGCUGGGGAUGACCGCGAAAUCAUAG